AUGGAGCUUCUGCUGGGAGGGGUGACAGGGCCCCGGACUGAGACAGUGGCGACUAUGGAUCUCCCUCAUCUCUCUCCAGAAGACAAUAUGAAACACAAGAAGAAGCAUCUGGUGCAGAGCCUCAAUUCCUAUUUCAUGGAUGUGAAAUGCCCAGGAUGUUAUAAAAUCAUCACUGUCUUUAGCUAUGCACAAACGGUAGUUUUGUGUGUUGGCUGCUCUACUGUCUUCCGCCAGCCUACAGGAGGAAAAGCAAGGCUUACAGAAGGCUGCUCCUGCAGACGGAAGUAG